AUAUAUAUAUAUAUUGUAUAUACUCGAUCGUACCCAUAUAGACGAAAUACUACUCAAUUCUCUCUCUCUCCAAAGCCUUUUAAAAAGGCCUUUCUGCCUUAUCGUUCAAAUCUACCAUAAACCAACAGACCUUAAUCCUCUCUCUCUCUGCAUCGAGUCGUAAGCAAGCUCCUCCAUGCCGACAGACCCGUCACUCCAAUUAAUGGUGAAGGAAGGAGAUGUUGGAGGUGUAAAGGUUGCUGUUCUUACAUCACCAAUUUCGUUAGAGGGGGAAUCAGAUGUUAAUUACAGAGCUCCUAAUCUUAUACAACGUAUCUUGAGUCUCUUGAAGAGUGUACGCCCCGGCACAGAUCUCACCCGCUUCCAGCUGCCACCGCUCUUCAACAUUCCAAAGUCACAACUUCAGUGUUAUGGGGAAUCAGUGUAUUGCGUUGGUGACAAUUUGUUGACCAAGAUUGCCAAUGGCGAGAGCUCAAUUGAAAGAUUUACAUCUGUCGUUGCAUGGAGCAUAUCUACCAUGCGCCCUCUGGCAUUUGGCGUUGCUCCUUACAAUCCCAUUCUUGGAGAGACUCACCAUGUGUCAAGGGGCAACCUCAAUGUGCUGCUUGAACAGGUUUCUCAUCACCCACCGGUGUCUGCCCUUCAUGCAACUGAUGAGAAAGAUAAUGUUGAAUUGUUAUGGUGUCAAUAUCCUACUCCAAAAUUUCAUGGUACCUCUGUAGAAACCGAGGUGUGUGGGAAAAGACUGCUGAAGCUCCUGAGUAAGGGUGAAAGUUAUGUAAUGAACUCUCCAAAGCUUGUGAUAAGAUUCUUGCCGUUUCCCCGUGUUGAUUGGGUGGGCAGCGUCACAAUCCGAUGUCCAGAAACUGAUCUAGAAGCUGAGUUUUGUUAUCGAACCAACUCUUUUUUAGGCCGCCGAACAAAUCACCGGGCAAUUAAUGGAAAGAUUUUUAUGUCAUCAUCAUUGAAGACUAUAUACGAGAUUAAUGGCCACUGGGAUAGAACGAUUACAAUUAAGGAUGCUAGUAACGGAAAAGUGACGGUGAUAUACAAUGCGAAGGACAUGAUUUCAGGACUGAAGACACCCAUUGCCAACAAUCCAGAGGGUGUUUGGGCAAGUGAAUCAGCUGUGGUGUGGGGUCAAGUGAGUGAAAGCAUUUUGAAGAAAAAUUGGGAGAAAGCAAAGGAAGCUAAGACAGCUCUGGAGGAAAUUGAAAGAGAGCUUCUUAGAGGAAGGAAUGCCAGAGGAGAAACUUGGGUACCUAAGCAUUUCACUGUAUCAUAUAGCAAGGAAAGUGGGUGGGACUGCUCACCAAAUAUGAGGUGGGUCCCACCAGCUCCAAUUGUUGUACCGCUUUGAACCACUUGGACCACACAAGCGGACUAGUGUUCUCUAAUCUUAUUAAUCCAUGGAAUUUGACACUUUCCAAAUUCUUUGUAGCUGAACAAACUUGUAAAGAAUUAAAUUAAUGUACUAAGUUUUGGGUUAUUGACAAAUUUGCAAGUAGAAGUUGCUGAACAAAA